AUGCGGGACAACUGCUGCAGCACCUGUGAGCCCAACAUUGCCGUGCAGUCGUGCAGUCACGAACCUUGUCCAGUGGACGGCGGCUGGACGUCGUGGUCGGAGUACGGACCAUGCACUAAGACGUGUGGAGAGGGGGUACAGGUGCGCAGUAGGAUCUGCGGGGAUCCUCCCAUACAGGGCAAGGGACGGCCCUGCCCAGGACCCGCCUCGGAAUUCAGGGAGUGCAUCGCCAAACAGUGUCCUGUGGACGGACAGUGGGGGAGCUGGUGCUGCACGUGGUCUGAUUGCAGCGCCACCUGCGGGGGAGGUCGUCGGUCACGUGUUCGAGACUGCAACAACCCUGCGCCAUCUAACGGCGGGAAGAACUGUACUGGCAAAAACACACAAGAAGAAGAGUGCAAUACACAGCCGUGUCCAGCAGUUCGCGGGGGGUGGACCAUGUGGUCAGAGUGGUCGCCAUGCAACAAGGUCACGUGUCAAGUCACGCGCUCACGUUCCUGCAAGAAGCCGAGUCCGGCAAAUGGCGGGGAGCCGUGCACUGGACCUAAAGAACAAUCCAGAAAUUGCCUGUUGCUUUGCUGUGUGGAUGGUCUUAUAGAGAAGCUGGGCCUGGAAGUGACGUCAUACAACUGGUAUAAAUGUUGACAGCAUCCAUUCCAUCUCUUUUCCCUGAUACAAACAACGAAUGUGGACGAUGUUGUUUUGUUCCGUCAUAUCCUUGUUCGGGGACAGACCAUCUUCAUUUGUUACUAUCACUGGUCCUGGGGA